GUCAAGUGGGAGUUCUGCUGUGGGUCUCUUGAAGAGCGCCUAGUCAUCCCAGGGUGGUAAAGAAUAUAUCUCUCGCCUCCUUUUUUUGUUAGUCUCAGUUGAAGUGGCAUGAUUUUCUCUCAGCAGUCCGGAGCUCUAGAGACCCUCGUUCACUGCGCUGUAUGAACCUGCAAAUUGUGCUGAAUCUGCCCAAAGCAGCUGUAAGUGUAAGUUAUCACUGGAGGAGCUAACAGCAGCUACACAUAUGACAGUGAUACAGAAAUCUGCUUAGGUAAAUUCUGUGGAAGAAUCCAAGUUUAAAGGACUGCAAGAGGGAGGUGGCUAUUACACCAUUUUGCUUGUGAAGUCUGCAGCAGUGACCUCUUCCAAUCCACGGCUCCUGACUCUAAUUGUGCCAUAAGCUUUCUCUGGAAACCAGAAAGCAUUUAGGAAACAAUAUCAACAUAUUUUUCUUUUGUAUUCUUUUUAUUUUAACACUGAAACAAAUGAAGCCAGGUGCAGCAGAAAUCCAUAAUUUUCUGGAGACAAUAAUUAUCCUCAGUUGUCUUUGUGGGAUUGGUCUGUCUGAACUGUCAGGGUCCAAUUCAAAGUCCUACCAAACAGAAGAGACCCCCCGAAGGGUGAAGCGCAGCUGGGUUUGGAAUCAAUUCUUUGUGUUGGAGGAGUACACAGGCGACGAUCCACUCUAUGUAGGAAAGCUUCACUCUGAUGUUGACAAAGGAGGUGGCAACAUCAAAUAUGUCCUGUCAGGCGAGGGGGCAACCUCUAUCUUUAUUAUUGAUGAAAAUACAGGGGAUAUUCAUGCUACAAAGAGGCUGGAUCGUGAAGAGCAGGCCUAUUACACCCUUCGGGCACAGGCCGUCGACCGGCUCACCAACAGGCCUGUUGAACCUGAAUCGGAAUUUGUUGUUAAAAUACAGGACAUUAACGACAAUGAGCCAGUGUUUCUGGAUGGGCCUUACACAGCUGGAGUUCCAGAAAUGUCUCCAGUGGGAACUUCAGUUGUUCAAGUGACAGCCACAGAUGCUGAUGACCCUACUUAUGGAAACAGUGCCAGAGUUGUCUAUAGCAUUCUACAGGGACAGCCUUACUUCUCAGUGGAACCUAAGACAGGCAUCAUCAGAACUGCCCUUCCCAGCAUGGAUAGAGAAGCCAAGGAUCAGUACCUUCUGGUCAUUCAAGCAAAGGACAUGGUAGGACAAAUGGGAGGACUAUCUGGAACAACCUCAGUCACUGUCACCCUCACUGAUGUUAACGACAAUCCACCACGCUUCGCACGCAAAUCCUAUCAAUACAAUGUACCUGAGUCUUUGCCCGUGGUCUCAGUGGUUGCCAAGCUAAAAGCAGCAGAUGCUGAUGUGGGACCAAAUGCUGAAAUGGAAUACAGGAUUAUAGACGGGGAUGGCCUUGGGGUGUUCAGAGUUUCUACAGAUAAAGAGACGCAGGAGGGAGUCAUAACUCUUCAAAAGAAGCUUGAUUUUGAAACUAAAGCAAGCUAUACCUUGAGAAUAGACGCCACAAACAAAAACAUCGACCCUCAGUUUUUGAGCCUGGGACCAUUCAGUGACACAACAAAUGUGAAGGUCAUUGUGGAGGAUGUGGAUGAACCGCCUGUUUUCACUUCUCCAGUUAACAGAAUGGUGGUUUCUGAGGCAGCUAAAGUUGGGACUAUCAUUGGAACUGUAGCUGCUCAUGACCCUGACGCUUCCAACAGUCUAAUUAGGUAUUCUAUAGAUCGUAAUACUGACCUUGAGAGAUUUUUUAACAUUGAUGCCACCACUGGUGUAAUAAGUACUGCUAAGCAACUGGACAGAGAAAUGAAUGCAGUUCAUAAUAUAACACUUCUGGCAAUGGAAAGUCAAGACCCAUCGCAAGUUGGAAGAGGAAUCGCUGUUAUUUCUGUUUUGGAUAUCAAUGACAAUGCGCCAAUGUUUGCAAUAGAAUAUGAAACUUUUCUUUGUGAAAAUGCUCAGUCUGGACAGGUUAUCCAGACAAUAAGUGCUGUUGACAAAGAUGAGCCGCCCAAUGGUCACAGAUUUUACUUUGCUCUGACUCCUGAGGCAGCAAGCAAUUUAAACUUUACCCUUCGAGACAACAAAGAUAAUACAGCCUCAAUCCUGACCAAAAGAAAUGGCUUUCGAAGACAAGAUCAGUCCAUUUACAAGUUGCCUAUUUUUAUUAUGGAUAGUGGCAGUCCAUCCCUUAGCAGCACUAAUACUCUGACGAUUCGAGUCUGUGACUGUGAUCCAGAUGGGACAGCCCAAUCAUGCAAUGCAGAAGCAUACGUGUUACCAGCCGGACUCAGCACUGGUGCCCUUAUAGCAAUACUGGCUUGUGUUUUAACAUUGCUAGUUUUGGUGCUGCUCAUUGUCACAAUGAGAAGGCGGAAGAAGGAACCACUAAUAUUUGAUGAGGAGCGGGAUAUUCGAGAGAACAUUGUCCGCUAUGAUGACGAAGGAGGAGGGGAAGAAGACACCGAGGCUUUCGAUAUGGCUGCUCUGAGGAACCUCAAUGUCAUACGAGACACCAAGACACGGAGAGACGUAACUCCUGAAAUUCAGUUUUUCUCCAGGCCUUCAUAUAAAAGCAUUCCAGACAAUGUUAUUUUUAGAGAGUUUAUAUGGGAUAGACUAAAGGAAGCUGACAUAGAUCCCAGCGCUCCUCCCUAUGACUCCCUGCAGACUUAUGCUUUUGAAGGUAGCGGCUCUGUUGCAGAGUCACUCAGCUCCUUAGAGUCACUGAGCACAGACUCAGACCAGAAUUAUGAUUACCUCAGUGACUGGGGACCUCGCUUCAAAAAGCUGGCAGACAUGUACGGAAACAGCGAGGACAGUGUAUUCUCUUAGCCUUGGAGCUAACUUUGAGAAGGCUUUAAGACAUUUAGUUUGAUGGUGUAAAGAUAUGAAGAAACAAAAAACAAUUCUAACCUUUAAGGUUUGUGCAUUUGUACCUUAUUUGGAGUUUCCCAAGAGACUAAGUAAAAUGAACAAUUAACUAUUUCAGUAACAUUAGAAUCUCAGUAAUCUCUGAUUAGAUAACUGUUUUAGGCUAACCUGGGAUAAUGGCUCAUGUGAUAAGAGGCAAGGCACAUGCUGCCUCAAAAUCACAAAAUGCUGCUGAGAUGCUCAUUCCACUGCCAAGCUAAAUCUGAAUACCUGUGUAUUAUUACAACAGUUUUUCCAUAUGUUUCUUGUUCUCCGCAUGGCAUCUAAUGUUUUUUGGCUGUAGCAAAUUACAGUACAAGUUCAGUUAUGGUACUGCUUGUAUGCUUUUAUGGUUCUAGAUGUAUAUGGAUCCUUUAAAAAAGGAAAAUGUAAAAUGGACUUAACGUCAAAAGAGUGGUUUUCAGGUCAGUGUUUCUUAAUAGGAUCUGUAUAAUACAGGUCGAGUAAAGUAUUUGCUCUUUUACUAUGUAAAAGAGAUUUUACAAUUGCAAUUUUAAAAGUGUCAGAUAAAAACAGGUUCUAAACAGUGACAGCAGAAUGUAUUUAUGCUUAGAAAUGUAUCUGCUGUCUGUUUAAGACUUAGUUAAUCUUCUGAUUAGUACAGGAGAGUUACCGUUGUUUUCGUCUCUGUUUAGCCCUGUUUUUCCACCGCCUGUAUAAUGUGUAAACAUGUUGAUAUUGUCGACUUUUAUAUAAGGUAAAUGAAUCCUGGAAAGAUGAAAGAAUAGCGAGAGCACUAGAACAGUUAUUAUUUUUUUCAGAAAGCUGCAGACCAUCAUAGUGUAUAAUGAACUUGAAUGAAACAUCUGAACAUUCCUUCUAUAACAGACUAAACAGCCUUUACAGGAUCAUAACGGAUGAGUCAACAUAUCGGUCCAAACCUACAAAACUUUAUUACAACCACAUCAUGUCUUACAUUGCAGUUUAAGGUUAAAAAGGGGGGAUGAUGGUGUAUUUUGCAGAAAGACUGUAUCAUACAUUGUUAGUUUAUUUUCAGAGUUACAGUUAAAGAAUCAGAAUUAUUCUGUGAUGAAAAAUAGUGAAAAAUGCACACUGUUAAUAAAUUACAGCAACUUUUAAUUUUUAGCCUCAGCACCAUAUUUAUCAAACAUUGUGUUUAUAAAUUUUAUUGUUACUGAAAGUCAUAUUUAAUGUUAGCAUUAGGGAAAGGACUAUCCCCUGUAUACUAAACAAAUAACAUUUUAAAUUUGGAAAUAUAAUUUAGUAAUUUCAUUCAACUGCAUAGGAUAUGAAAAGUGGUGACCAGAAAUAAUUUGGUUGGAAAGAGUUUCGAGAGGAAUCUGGGAAGGCUGAUUAAGUAAGAGGUACACAAGUUCCUUAUCUUUCCUUAAAUUCUUAUCCAGAUUGAUAUCUUAUCCAGAUUCCAAUAUCUGGAAUGGUACUUAGUUUCACAGUGACCUGGACAUCAGACUGCUGGAAAAUUCAUUUUCAUUUGGAAUUAAACUAUUCAGGCUAACCGUUGUAAAAAUGUCCCUUUAAAAAACAAACAAACAACAAAUGUACUUGUAAUUAACAGCGACCUGCCUGGGAUUUGUAUUGUAUCAGUCCUAUCACAUUGUAGAUCUCCAUUACUCCAAGUGACCUUUAGUUUGUAAACAAAAGUUGAUUCAUGAAAAACCACCCAACAAUUUUGUAAAUCCAUCUUCUUCCUAAUGGUCUACCCCACUGCUUUUGCUUUCAUUUGUACAUUCUGAAUUAAGAGUUUUGUAAUAGAAUUUUAAAUAUUGCUCAGGACAUCAAGUCACGUGUAUAAUUUUAAAUAAAAAAAAGCAGAAAAAAAUAAUGAUGUGGUUCUGUUUCAGUGCAAAGAGCAUCUUUUGAUAUACAAAAUUGUAAUUACUUUGUCAGCAUUGUGUGAUGCAUGUACGAUGAUAGCAGAGACUGUUCCCACUGGGGAGAGCAAGACAAAAUAUUUCAACUUUUUAAACUUGAGGGGCAACUUUGCUGCACGCUAGUACUGAAACUUCUUGCUCUUGAUCUCUUUCAAACUUCCCCAGAGUGGAUACAUUUUAAGGAUGCCGGGAAGUUCAGGAAAAAUCAGGGAAGUACAAAAUCUGUGAAUUGGGUGGAGUUUGGGAGUGGAGGAUAACAACCAAUGGCUAAACCGCUUGCCCUGUCCCCACUGAAUAAACUAGCUGCUGUGUAUUCCAUUUGCUAAAGUAAUAACAGAUUAAAGUACAUGUUACCAUUCAAAAUUAGUUCACUUUUGUUAAAAAAAACACAAGAUAACAACACAUUAAGAACAAAAUACCGCAAACGUCUUGCGUUUCAUUUUUCAAACUCAAAACUUGAGUCCUGUACAUACCAAAACAUGGAACAAGAGAAAGCCUAUUUAGAAGCUUGAGUGCUUGACAUUGAUUGUAAUGAAAACACAUAACUUCUUAUUAAAGCUACGGUACCACAUUAGCUGCACAGUACAUAGCACAGCAUAAUAAAAUAACACCUCAAACAUCAACCUAAAUAUUCUACAUGUGUUUAAUUCUAACAACUAAUAACAUUAAUAAAACAAUCUGAAUAGUGCAACUGGUCCUGAAUGCUGCUGCUGCAAGAAUACUGAGAAGUACAAAACAAACGGAACAUAUUACAUCUGUCUUGGAAAAUUUGCAUUGGAUACCUUUCAAAUAUCAGAUACUUUUAAAGAUUCUUCUGUUGACCUUCAAGGCUCUCCGGGGAACUGGCCUUAAAUAUUUAUCGGACUUGCUACAUCCCUACAUGUCAGCUGCGCUCUUCAAGCUCAGAGCUGCUGGCUGUUCCCUUGACCAGCUGGGAGGACAGAGUUUCUCCACCAGUGCUCAUAAACUUUGGAACUCGUUGUCAUUAGUUGUGAGAGGUUCUCAUUCUCUGGAGAAAUGUAAAGCACUGCUAAAGACACAUU